ACUAGUAAUCUAGUACGUCUUUUUCUACAAUUCAUUUAACGACGUACAUUAUUUGUUGCUAAAAGGCGGGGGUGGCUGCUAGACUAAUUUUACAUGGAGGUAUAGGAUAUCUGUCCUCCCUUAUUCAAAUUAAUAUCACAAUAUUUCAAAGAAUGUGUAAUUAAGUAAAGUAAUCUGCACCGAAUUCAGUUUUUUAUGUGAAAUUUAAAUAUGGAUAAAUGCCAAAAUACAGAGCGGGAAAACGUGGUGUGGAACGUAACGCGCCUUCAUUAAUUUUCCUGUUCGUGUUCAGGUUCUUUGCGCCAAAACUAGUCAGUCUAAUCACCAUACAGGCAAAUCAGCGUUGACACGUGAGUAACGUACAGUAACAACUAGAUGGACAAAUGUAAUGUAAUUCAAUGUAAAACUGUGUAAAUGGUACGGCAGGAUUUUCAUAAACCUCCGGUGUCCGAGCUGGACGCUUAACGUGAACUGAAAAGUUAUUUAGCAGCUGAGCCGAGUCCGACGACAAAGAUGUAAGCGAUCGCUCCCAUUGCUAAAAAACUUUGAUCAUAGUACUUAUGAUAUUAUUCCGGUGUCAUUGACAUGAAUAAACAAAUUUGCGUUUAAAAACACCGUUAGAGUAGCUUUGUGUGCAAGUGAAACACGCUUUUGGCAAAUGGUAGCAUAACGUUACUGAAGUGGUUAAGUAAAACAGCUCGUGUGAUUUCACAUACUUCAUCUGCUUGUAUUUUCACAUAUAAGAUCAUAAAUCGUUUUAAUAACUCCAGGUUGGUAGUCCACGAUUUUUCUGUAUAAUUAAAUUUUGUGCCUCUUCAGACUCGUCUGUCUUCACAAAAAACACUGCGUGCACUCUAUGGACUGUUAUUUGUAACUGCAGUUGCGGCAUUACGCCACAAAGGAGGCGCUGUUUUGUUAUAAGCGCCGUGAGGCGAUGUGAAUUUGCAUUACAAGAGCUAUUAUUAGCUGUAUUUCACGGCUGUAAAUAUUUUAUCAAUUUUUCAAAGGUUCUUAAAACUAACGCGGGGUACAUCAUUGUAAUGUUUUACGCAGUGCAGUUGGUUGGUUAAAUCCGCGUUAUACUGUACACAGCGAGUUCACCAGGAACGCACAUUGUGAUCAGAACCACUAGCAAACGAAUGACUAAUUUGAACCCAUUUGUUUAAACAAUUGCAACUAUUUAGUCAGGAGAUCAGUGAAUCAUUAAAACUCAGUGAACCUCAAGAUAAUGCAGGACGUGAAUGAGCUAUUAUGGGCUGAGAAGUUAAUUGAAAAGUAUAAAAAUAUUAUAUUUUAAACACCACUUUUCUGUUUUUAAAACCUACAUGUGCGUGUUUGUACAAGAUCAGGAUGGCACCACCCUAGUCCAAACCAUUAUAGCCUAUCUGUCCUUUUUUAAGGGUUUAUCUUCAAUUUGCAAGAAACAGUCAGUGUGGGGCAUUUACCCUUAACCAAUGAAAUGGAGCUGCAAGUUUUGCUGUUACACGCCAACUAAUCAACGUAUACUCAUAAAGCACUACAAGUUGAAGCACUGCCAUCACGCAAGUAACUGUCCACUUCCCUGCAUAUUUAAGGACUGUGUGUGUUCAUUUAGAACUGAGUUUGGUCUAAGAAAACAUUUGACUAGGGACCAUAAACAAUCUGUCCGGCUCUGUGCUGCAGCGUUUACAUUGAAGUGUGAUCUUUGUGCUUUCUCAGAGAGCUGUGGCAUUACUCAAUAUUUCACACAUUUAAAGACUCAUCUCCGAAAUCGAGAGUGUGUGAGAUGUCCUUUUCAAAACUGCAGCUUUCAGUCUAGAGUAUAUAGUUCAUUUCAUGCUCAUAAGAGUAAAAAACAUCAGCAGUGUGGAGUAACAAAUCUUCGUACAGACAUUUAUCAAGCUUGCACUCCAGGUUUUCCAGACUUUGGAAAUACUGCUUUGGAAGAAGAUUCAACAAAUUUGGAUGAUCUUGAUAUCCCAGCAUCUCCAUUAUCUUUACUGUGUGAUGAAAAUGUCCAAGACUUGCUACAUCACAAACUAGCAUCAUUCUUUCUUCGGUUGCAAACAGUUCUUCAUGUUUCCAAAGCAGCGACCCAGGAAAUUGUAAAUGAACUUGCCAGCAUUUUCUCGGUUGCAGAAGAGUUUGCUCCAAAAAUAAUUGAAGAUGUUUUGAACAAGCACAAAUGUGCAGUAAGUGAUACAGUUAUCAGUGCCAUUAAAGAGAUAAUUGUGAAAGCGAAUCCAUUGAGUUCUCUGACAAAGAGUGGACAUUUUGGCACAGAAUAUAAAAGGACAAUUUUUUACAAGGAACACUUUAAGGUGGUUGAGCCUGUUGAAUAUGUUCUAGAUGUGUCGUCUUCAAGAAAGUUUGUUUAUAUUCCUAUUUUGCAAAUAUUGUCAGAGCUGUUAAACCGUAAUGAUGUUCUAGAUAAACUUUUGCAGACAGAAGACAGGGAAAUUUUUCCAGAUUGUGCCCAGUUUAAGUCAUACAAGGACGGCCUUUAUUGUAAAGAGAAUCAGUUGCUUUCUUCAGACAAUCUUAGUAUAGCUUUGGGAUUGUACAUAGAUGAUUUUGAAGUAUGUAAUACAUUAGGAACAUCUAGAAAAAAACAUAAGAUCUGUGCGGUUUAUUGGGUGCUUUUAAAUUUACCAAUUCAGUAUAGAUCAUCUGUGCAAUCAAUAUAUCUGGCUUGCCUUUCCUACAGCAGUGAUGUGAAAAAAUAUGGGUACAGUGCAAUUCUUGAGCCAUUGCUAAAAGACAUAGAAGUACUAGAAAAACAAGGAAUAUAUGUUCAAAAACUGGGAGACAAUAUUCAAGGUACUGUACUUUAUGUGUCUGCUGACAAUUUGGGUGCGCACUCACUUGGUGGUUUUCAGGAAAACUUCAAUGUGGAUAAAUUUUGUAGAUUUUGUUCAGAAUGUACAGUAUAUUUUUUAGUUUGUUUUUACAGAUUAAGAAUUGUUUGCAUUUCUACUAAGAGAAAAGUUUUGUAUUUCCAAAGUUGUGUAUGUAUUUGUUUUCUAGUUUUCAUGCAUGAAAUGAGUGAGUAACUGAAGUAGAUAUGUCAUUUUGUGUAUGUAACACUUUAAAUGUGACACUUUAUGU